AUGGAGAUGGGAAUGUCUUCUCUUUUUUUGAAGGUCCGAGUUUGUCAAACAAUGAAUUUUCCUGAUGACUUUCAUGAUCUCAAAUUAUGUGGAAAACCUAAAGGAAUAAAAUUAAUUUUAGAAGAGCGUGAAUUAUGGCCAAAAGAAGGUUUAAGAUUAACUUGCACUAAUAAGAACAUUGAAGCAAAUACAAGUUAUCCAAAUUGUUGUGCAAGGCAUAAAUUAUAG